ACUCAUCACAGCAUUUUGUGAACUCGAACAGAAACUAGGACGAUGGCUCUUGCAAAAGAAGUAAGUAAGGCCUUCAUUGUUGCCGCCAAAAGAACACCAUUUGGAACAUUUGGGGGUCGACUAGCUGCUUUUUCUCAAACCGAUCUACAAGAAAUUGCUGCCAGAGCAGCUUUAGAAGCGGGUAACGUUAAACCAGAAAAUGUUGAUUCAGUUGUCAUUGGAAAUGUUUUUCACAGUUCAAUAGAUGGAGCCUAUACACCUAGGCACGUUAGUAUAAGAUUAGGAAUGAAAACAGAAACUCCAGGACAUGCAGUGAAUAGACUUUGUGGUUCUGGCUUCCAGUCGGUAGUUACGGCCUGUCAAGAAAUCGAGUUAGGAUUAAGUAAUGUUGUAUUAACUGGAGGGACAGAGAACAUGUCUCAAGCUCCUUACGUUUUGAGAAAUGCUAGAUUUGGUAUUAAACUCGGAACUGAUCCAGUUUUGGAAGAUGCCCUUUGGAAAGGUUUAAUUGAUCAACAGAUCAAAACUCCUAUGGGUGUUACCGCUGAAAAUCUAGCUACAAAAUACAAUAUUUCUAGAGAAGAAAGCGACACUUUCGCAGUUCGUAGUCAAACCAAAUGGUUUGAAGGUCAAGAGAGUGGUGCAUUUAAAAUGGAAAUGGUACCAAUCAAGGUUAAAACAAGAAAGGGUGAAGAAAUUAUGGAAAUUGAUGAGCACCCUAAACCAAAGGCAACAGUUGAAAGUUUAGCAAAAUUACCAUCUGUAUUCAAAAAGAAUGGAACUGUUAACGCCGGCAAUGCUUCUGGUAUUUGUGAUGGAGCCGGCUGUGUUAUUGUUGCCAGUGAACAAGCUGUCAAAGAUCAAAACUUGACGCCCCUUGCUUCAAUAACUGGUUAUGCAAUUUCAGGCUGUGAUCCAAGUAUAAUGGGUAUUGGUCCAGUGCCAGCAAUCAGAGCCCUUCUAUCCAAAACUGGUAAGAGCGUCGGAGAUGUUGAUAUUUUUGAUAUCAACGAGGCUUUUGCACCACAAUUUCUGGCUUGCCAAAAGGAGUUAGGUUUAGAUCCGGAAAAAACUAAUGUUAAUGGAGGAGCUAUUGCCCUAGGUCAUCCAGUCGGCGCCUCUGGUUCGAGAAUUACUGCACACUUGGCUCACGAAUUGAGACGAAGAAACGCGAAUAUUGCCGUUGGCUCUGCUUGUAUUGGUGGUGGUCAAGGUAUCGCAAUCAUGAUGGAAAGAUGUUAG